AUGCAAUCGUUUGCGCAUGAGCAGACAUCACUACAUGCAGUGGCUCUACUAGCAAGUCACUGGGCGCUCGAGGUUCCAAUGUCUCGUCGUGGUCGCAGCAAACAAUCAGAGUCUUCGAUUCCUUUCGCCGUUGGCUUUCGUCGACCAACGUCUGAAGAUUGCAUUAAAGCAACGGGAUUUACGGGUACUCCUCCUCAGGAGUAUCAAGUUGGUGAUGAUUUCUUUUGCCCCAUUCCUGCACCAACGUCCAUAGACGAUUGGUUGGCACAGUACAAGGAAACAGGACAGUCUUAUCAAUGUUUUUUUAGAGAAAAUCCUUGGUUUUCUCAACGAAAAAGAAAGUUUAUUAGACAGACUUUUAUUGGAAAGGGCAAAGACAUCAGAGAAAAAUAUCCAGACGGAAAGAUUUAUCUCUUACCUCUUGGAGACUUUAGUGACGACAUCAGUCCCUCAUUUGAUCGUUUAGUGGAAUACUCAUCUAAAUUUUUCAACAUUCCUGUUGUUACUUUGCCCACUGUUCAGCUUGUGAGAGAGGAUGGUCAUGUUCGAUGGCUAGAAUGUGUAGAAUCUUCUAAAAGUAUGACAUCUAUGACGUCUCCUCCAUCAAAAAGGCGGAAAGUUUUAAAAUCGAAGGGAUGUCGUUUGCGGUGUCGAAUAAGCGAGGAUGGUGAUCACAUGCAAUUACAAGUUAAUAGUAUUCUAACGCAACUGAAACAAGUGAUUCCAGAUGAUGCUCUAUGUUUGGUGGCUCUUACCAUGACUGAUCUAUAUGAUGAGGCACCUGAUUUGUUUGUUGCUGGUAUGGCAGCUGGCCAGCAUCGUGUAGCGGUUUUCAGCUUUUGUCGUUAUGAUCCAUCAAUUUCAUUCUCAAGUGAAUUUUGGUAUGAAUUGUCACACAGUAAGAAAAUUUCUAAAGGCAAAAGACAAAAACUGAUGCUGCAGAGAAGUUGUCGAUUACUGGUGCAUGAAACAGCACAUCUUUUAGGAGUAGAUCAUUGUGUUUAUUACAGCUGUUGCAUGAAUGGAUCUGGUCACCUUGCUGAGGACUUUCGUCAGUCAAUGCAUCUCUGUCCUGUGGACCUUCGCAAGUUGUGUCAUCUUUGUGGAUUCAAUAUCAGUCAGAGAUACAAAAAUUUGCUACAGUUUUUCAAAGACAAUGAUCUCAAGGAAGAAGCAGAAUGGAUUGCUAGGAGGUUAAAGUUUAUUACACAAUAGUUAACUGUAGUUUAAAAUUAUUGUGCUACGGAGUAAUUAAAUUUUGAUAAUUGUUUGUUGCAAAAGAAACUUGAACGCGUAGUUAUCAAGAUAACUGUUGUCAGCAGAGCUUUUUAAGAAGUUGUCUUGUCAAUUUUUUUAUUUGUGCUACUCCAUAUUUUGAAAUGUACCACAUGUUACACUGUACUGCCAAAAUGAU